AAACCCGUGUUGGCAAAAGAUCUGAAGAUAUGUUCUGUUGCGGUGGUGCGGAUGAGGAACCCGCCGGUCCGCCCGCAAACCAGUAUGCAGCCCCUCCUAACAAGGCCGGAAAUCCCAAUUUUGGCGGUGGGAAUAGAGGGGAACCGAGGAAUCCGAACGCACCGAGAUCAGGAGCUCCUGCAAAGGUUUUGCCCAUAGAGAUCCCUUCUGUUGCAUUGGAUGAGUUGAACAGAAUGGCCGGUAACUUCGGAAACAAGGCACUGAUCGGUGAAGGUUCUUAUGGACGUGUCUUCUGCGGCAAGUUUAAGGGAGAAGCUGUUGCUAUCAAGAAGCUUGAUGCUAGCUCUUCUGAAGAACCUGACUCAGAUUUCACCUCACAGUUAUCGGUGGUAUCGCGGCUCAAACACGACCAUUUUGUGGAGUUGCUGGGGUACUGCUUGGAGGCAAACAACCGCAUUCUCAUCUACCAGUUUGCAACCAAAGGUUCUUUACACGAUGUAUUACACGGGAGAAAGGGAGUGCAAGGGGCUGAGCCAGGACCGGUGCUGAACUGGAACCAAAGGGUGAAGAUUGCAUAUGGAGCAGCCAAAGGGCUUGAGUUCCUUCAUGAGAAGGUCCAGCCACCAAUAGUCCACAGGGACGUGAGGUCGAGCAAUGUCUUGUUGUUUGAUGACUUCGUGGCCAAAAUGGCUGAUUUCAACUUGACCAAUGCUUCCUCCGAUACUGCGGCUAGGCUUCACUCUACUCGUGUUUUGGGAACAUUCGGCUACCACGCUCCAGAGUAUGCAAUGACAGGACAGAUAACGCAGAAGAGUGAUGUGUAUAGUUUUGGUGUUGUGCUAUUGGAGCUCUUGACAGGAAGAAAACCCGUAGAUCAUACCAUGCCUAAAGGCCAACAAAGUCUUGUUACUUGGGCAACACCGAGACUAAGUGAAGACAAAGUGAAACAAUGCAUAGAUCCUAAGCUUAACAACGACUUUCCUCCCAAAGCGGUCGCCAAGUUGGCAGCCGUGGCGGCCUUGUGUGUUCAGUAUGAGGCAGAUUUCCGACCAAACAUGACCAUCGUUGUCAAGGCACUUCAGCCUCUUCUUAACUCUAAACCGGCCGGUCCUGAGUCUACGUCCUAAACUAAACAAUUUACCAUUUC